UUUUUUUUUUUUUCAUUUUCUUCGAUGCGCUCAUUCAUACGGACGCCAAAACUCCAUUUAAAUCCAGUUGAAUCGCCAAAGCCUCCUCAGAACGACUCCCUCGCAAUCAUUCUCUUUUCUUUUUAUACGUCUCCUGCCUCCCUCUCUCGCUCACUGUUCUUGGUGAGACCAGCAUUCGACUAUUCAAGCAGAAACCCCUGCGAUUUUCGCUCUGAUUAUAUGAGGCUUUCUUUCUUUCAAUCAGUUCGAAGUAAUCUUGUGAGCCGUUGUGAAUGUUAGAGCUUUUAAACUGAUUUUGUCGGGUGCACUGCUGUCUAGGGUUUGCUGAGUUGUUUGCUCAAGGGUGAUGCAAUGGAGCAGUAUUCAGAGCAUUUGUCUUCGGGUGCUUCUAAGAUUACAUCGGCAAAUCUUCCUAAGGAAAUGGGAGGGGGAGCACAGGGUUCCCCCGAAGCCUAUCAUGCAUCAACUGAUGCUACCCUUUUUUCAAGCUCAUUACCUGUUCUUCAUCAUGAAAAGCUGAAUGUAAAUGAAUCAGAAAGUGGUUGUCAGUCUGUGGAUGAUUCCGCCCCUUGCUUAAAUAAACUCCACGAAGAUGUGAAGUGUAAUGCUUUGCUUGAUGAUGUUGAAACCCAUGCAAUUGGAAGCUUGCUUCCUGAUGAUGAGGAUGAGCUUUUAGCUGGCCUUACCGACGACUAUGACUUAACUAGGUUGCCUAAUCAGGAUGAUUUGGAGGAGUGUGAUUUUUUUGGCAGUGUAGGAGGAAUGGAGUUGGAAAGUGAUACUCAGGAGAGCCUGAACAUUGGUAUGUCUAAGAUAAGUUUUUCUGACGGCGGUGUUGGGAAUGGGGUGGCUCAUUAUGGUCUUUCAAAUGGUGUGGGAACUGUUGCGGGAGAGCACCCAUUUGGAGAGCAUCCUUCGAGGACAUUAUUUGUUCGGAAUAUUAAUAGCAAUGUGGAGGACUCAGAACUGAGAACUAUCUUUGAGCAAUAUGGCGACAUCAGGACUUUGUAUACUACAUGUAAACAUAGGGGCUUUGUGAUGAUAUCUUACUAUGAUAUUCGUUCUGCUCGAACCGCUAUGCGAACAUUGCAAAACAAGCCGCUAAGACGGAGGAAACUUGACAUUCAUUUCUCAAUACCAAAGGAUAAUCCAUCAGAUAAGGAUAUAAACCAAGGGACUUUGGUGGUUUUCAAUUUGGAUCCAUCAGUUUCAAAUGAUGACCUCCGUCAAAUCUUUGGGGCUUAUGGUGAAGUCAAAGAGAUAAGGGAAACGCCACACAAAAGGCACCAUAAAUUCAUUGAAUUUUAUGAUGUUAGAGCUGCAGAAGCGGCACUUAAGGCAUUAAAUAGAAGUGACAUAGCUGGAAAACGCAUAAAGCUUGAACCUAGUCGUCCCGGUGGAGCACGUCGAAAUUUUAUGUUGCAAUUGAAUCAAGACCUUGACCACAAUGAAUCUCGAGGUUUUCGACAUCAAGCGGGUUCUCCAAUAACUAGCUCUCCUCCUAGUAACUGGGUGCAGUUUAACAGCCUAAUUGAACACAAUCCUCUGCAAACUAUCAGUAAACCCUCUGGUUUUGGGACCAUGAGCCCUAUUUCUGGCAAUCAUUUGUCUGGGCUGGCUUCAAUUCUGCACUCUCAAGUAUCAAAGGCUGCACCUAUCAGCAAGGACCAGGGAAGGGGUAGUCACAUAGAACAUUUGUUCACCCAGACAAAUGCCUUUCAGCAGCCGCAUUCACUUCCGGAGCCAAAAUUCCAGUUUCCUGGAGAUUCACCCUCUUUUGGAGCUUCAGCUUCAAAUGGUUCUAGUACAGAAUCAUUAAGUAGAUCACAAUUCCUUUGGGGAAGUCCAAAUUUAUAUUCAAAGCCCUUUAACUCUUCUGCAUGGCGGACACCUUCUGUGGGACAUCCAUAUACUUCCAAUGGGCAGAGGAACGGGUUUUCAUACUCAGGUGGGAAUGGUUCUUUAUUUAGUUCAUCUCAACAUCACCAUCCCCACCAUGUUGGAUCUGCUCCAUCUGGUGUUCCUCUGGAGAGGCACAUUGGUUUCUUCCAAGAGUCACAUGAACCAUCACUCAUGAGUCCUGUUUCAUUUGGAAAUAUGAAUUUAAGCCACAAUGAUGGGAGUUUCACAAUGAAUCUGGGUGCUCAUAUUAGGAAUUCUGGAAUUUCUACUUCAGGAAAUAUGCCUGAAAAAGGUUCCCCCAGUGUCAGAAUGAUGUCUUCACCCAGGCUUAGUCCUAUUUUUCCGUGUAAUAGUCUGUACCGAGGGCUAGCCCCCCUCAGCGUAGAUGGGUUGGCUGAUCGUGGGCAGAGCCGGCAAGUUGAGAACAGUGCAAACCAGAUAGAUAGCAAGAAACAGUUUCAGCUCGACUUGGAUAAGAUUGUUAGUGGGGAGGAUACUCGGACAACUUUAAUGAUUAAAAAUAUUCCAAAUAAGUAUACCUCAAAGAUGUUGCUUGCUGCCAUUGAUGAGAGUAACAGGGGUACUUAUGAUUUUCUCUAUUUGCCAAUUGAUUUUAAGAAUAAAUGCAAUGUGGGCUACGCAUUUAUUAAUAUGCUGUCUCCUUCUCACAUUGUCCAGUUCUAUCAGGCAUUUUAUGGAAAGAAGUGGGAGAAGUUCAAUAGUGAGAAGGUUGCUUCCCUGGCUUAUGCUCGGAUCCAGGGAAAGGCUGCUCUUGUGAACCACUUCCAGAAUUCAAGCCUGAUGAAUGAAGAUAAGCGUUGCCGACCAAUUCUCUUCCACUCCGAAGGUUCAGAACCCGGUGAUCAGGUUAUCCUUGAGCAUUUUCCCCCCAGUGGUUUGAACAUUCAAGUGCAUCAGCCCAAUGGGAUGCAGUUGGCAGAUUCUUCAGAAAGCGUGACAAAUGGUGGUCCUAGUGAGAAGGCUGAUCAGAGUUAAUAUUUGGAUUAUUGGAAGCAGAUUGCUGUGACUUAGUAUACAUCUAAGUGUGUACAGUUAGGAAAUGAAGACACAGUGAAAAGGCCUUCUGAUUUUGUAUCAUAGCUUCCUGUCCAUAGCAUUUUGUUGAAGGCUUCGAAACAAGCAGCAGAAAUGUUUUUAGUUUUGAUGUGUGGAUCAAAGCGGAGGAGAAUAUGGCAAAGCAUAUGGGUUAAAUGAUGAUGCCCUUUUCAGUUGCCAAAAUGCAUUGAUCCAUCACUCAUCAGUUUGCAUCGUCGCCCGUUUUCUCCUUCAUUUGGAGUCUUUGGUUUUUUGAUUUUGUUUUUUGGGGUCCCUGUAAUUGGUGGAUAAUUAAAUGUUGUUAUGAUGUGUUUAUAUGGGUAAGUUAUAUGUACCAAGGGUUGAGAAUGUAUAGUCGGUGAUAUGAGGUUGAGGUUGUGGGUGGGGGGGUGGGGUG